GAUACGGAAGGUGAGAAAAUGGAUUAUCUUCGAGAUAUUUUAUUUUAUAUUUUUGGUUGGCUUCCUUUGAUUUCUUUUGUUUUAUGCCAUUUCUAACAAAGCUUGGAACCAUUAAGCUUAGUCAGCAACCAUUUGGUAAAUUUACGAUGUGACUUGUUUUUACGUUCAUAGUAACAUUCUCUAUUUUACGUUCUCCGAUUUUACAUACACAUUAACAUUCUCUCAGAUGCAUUUAAAGAGAACAUGAAUUUGUUCUCUGCAUUUGUUCGUUGUGUAUAACAGUUAAAUAAUUUGGAGUUCUCUCGCUUCCGCUUUGCAAUGCAACAUUUUUACACGUCAUUUCGUGUGAUGUGUUGUUCGAGUGCGAUUCUUGCGCGGAAGAUAAAUUCGUCUUCACAAGAGUCCAUACAUAUUUAUCUAAAUUUAAAAAAUACUUAUAUAUUUUAGUUGAAAGAUUCAAAAGUAAACAAAACGAAUUCGCAGUGGGUGUGUGGAAUUUAUAUAGUGAACUUAUUAAAAAUUACAAGCGCAAAUCAGAAAAUGGCUUAUAGUAAGACAAGUGAGUUGUGCAAAAUCUUUUGAAAAUUAAUGCAGUGAUUGGCGUCUGGCAAAAAUUCAUACAUACAUAAGAACAUAUGUACGUUUGUAUGUAUAUGUGUAUGUGUACAAGUGAUUGUUGUGCUGACAAUUCAAAGAAGUGAAUUACUUUUAAAGAAUAUCGCGACAGUUGUGGAGCUAUAAAAAUCACAGAAAUAUAACAUACGUUGAUUCAUAAAGAGUAAGCAAAAUAGUGGUAUGAUUUGGUAAAACAAUUAUUAAUAUCGAUAAACAAAUGAAAUGAUAAAUAAAUAUUAAAUAUUAUUAAGAGUAAACCCAUGUAAAGAGUGAAUAUAAAUAUACAUAUUUAUAUGUUUAUGCGCUUAAUGCUUAGUGUUAAUGAAAGCUUAUAAAAAUUUCGUAUGGAAAAAUAAAAAUGUAAAAUUUCGGUAAAUAAGUGUUUUUGGUGAAAGCAAAACUAAUUAUAGGAAAACUAAAAUUUGUGCAAGUUGUUCAAAGGCUUGAUUAUAAUUAACUGUGCUCAUUAAGGCAGCGGAAACUAACAUAUCACAUACUAUUACAUAAUUAAUUGAGCUACCGACUACCAGCUUGACGUACAUAUCCGAAACUUUCGAAACUUAAUGGCUUUGACGGUUUGUUAUUUUGCAUUUCCGUCACAUUAAACGGCUUACGUAAUAUGAUAGUAUUGUUGUGCAAAAACAACUGAUAAGCGCUUGUGAAAAGAAGAAGAAGAAGAGGAAUCUAAGGCAAGAAGAAAAUACCAUUGCAAUUUACAAUCACUAUUACUGUAUUGACAUGAGAUGUCAAUACCAGACGCAAUAAGUUACAACAACAAUAACAAAGUGGAUUGAAAGAACAACAUUUUAAUUGAAAAUCCACAGUGAAUACUGCUUAAUACAAGAGAUAAAAAAAUAAGAAAGUUGCUCUCACAUACAUGCUGAUGGACUAAGUAGUCUAUUUAGACAUUAGGGGGCUUGAACACACUUUACUGCCCACAGAAAGCUUAGCUGAACUACAACUUAGCACAACUACACUCGAUGAUUCAACAGAGUUCUGGAGAUAUUCUGAUUUAUUGUUGUUGCCUGCGAGCAUUGUAGUGCAACAACAACUACUUCUAUAAACUCAAUCAAAUAAGCUGAGCUAAAACACUCGCCCCAUAGCCAACACUUCGAUGGGUAAGACGUGCCCUACGCCCAGCCUUAAUUCGAGCAUCUCGAACUCCGUUAUAACGAAUGCGAGCAGCAACCACAACCAUCAUCAGCAACAGCAACACCACCAACAACAUCACCAGCAGCAUCACCACCACCAUCAACAUCAUCAUCAUCAGUCGGUGCCGUUGCCACCACCACCACCGCCGCAACCGAUACCACCGCAACAGCAUCAGCAGCAACAACAACGCUUUCCACAAAAAUACAUGAAUUCGAAGCGUAAACAUGCCAACAAUUACCACAACAUGCUGAUGCAUCCGGGCGCACAUCUGGAUCACAACAAUUACUUGCAUUUGAAUUCGUUGUGGUCCAUUUGGUAUGGUGUUUUGCUGACGCUAUUCCAGGGCUAUUUGGCCGUGCAUGGCGCCUAUCGAUUUCUCGGAUGUUCGUUGAUAUCGUGGAAAAUUGAGCCGGUGGCUGAAUUGAAUCUGCAAAUUGUGCUUUCCGGCGUUGUCUUCAUUUUGCUACCGUUCUUCUUCGCAUCGGCUGUUUUUAAGGUGGGCAACUUGGCAAACGAUGGCAUCAAAUUGGCGACUGGUGCGAAAGAGCGACGCUGCUCCAUGUCACCACAUGAUGGGCUCGAGGAGGAGGCACGCGGCGGCACACUACGCGCACUGUGGACACACGGCGGACCGACAUCGGCUUUUGUACACAUCGUGAUCGCUGUGUGUUUGCUGUUGCCACGUCUACUCUUGGAGGCUAGAAUAAUUGAAAACGGACUGUUGCCAAGAGAGAAUAUUUGGCAAACGGAACUCGACUUUAUUGCGGUGAAUCGUCGUAAUUUAGUUGUGCUUUCGGUAGUUACAGCACCCUACCAUAAUGGCACCGGCAUCCACGGCGAAUUCAGCAACAGUCUGGAAGACGACCAAGAUGAUGAUUACUACAAUGAUACAAUGUUUACGGCUAUCGGAGCUGGCUCGGCAGGAAACGACAUAAACAGCAAUAUGUUCGACAUACGCUCGAGUUCGAGGCAAGCCAAAAUGUACAAUCGCAAAGCGGAAGCAAAAGGGAAGAGUAGCAACAAUGUUGGAGUGGAUUUCAGAGAUGGCGGGAAGACAAGAUAUUUCGAAGUGCCCGAUUUAAUUAAUCAGAACAGCAAGGAAGAGCCAACGCACGAGGACGAGGCAAAUAAUAAUGAUGAUGAUGGUGAAGUUGAUGUUGAUGCUAACCGCAAGAACAACAAUAAAUUUGAUUUCAAUGAAGAAACUGACAUUUAUGAUGGCAGAGGUGCUGAAGGAGGUGGUGGUGGUGGUGAUGGCGAGGCAGAGAGUGAAGGACGCAUCUUUGUUGAACAUUUCGAUACAAAGGAUAUUUGGGGUGUCAAAGCGGUCGACAUACCACAAGUGACAACCGCAAAAACCACUACAACAACAACCACACGGAAUUCGGUAAAUUUGCCAACCGAAAAUAACAACAACAAGAAUUAUGAUCAAAUGUGGGACAAGUUAGGCACGCUGGGCAAGUCAAACAGUCUGGACAAUGCAGCGUCGGAUGUUGAGGUUGCAUUGACAACAACUAAAACAACAACUACCACGAAUAAGCAAAAACAACACUCAUUUGUCAAAAAUAUAAGCAGUAUGCCAACCAAGGCAACAACUACAACCACAGUGACUACAACAACUGACACAACAACAAAAACAACAACAGGAGCAACCACAAAAUACUCAAGCAGUCCGUCAGAGGAAGUAAGCAGCACGAAAUCUACAACAACUACAAUACAAACCGCUAGGGUGAACAACAAAAACAACAGCAACGACAAUGAAAAUGAAGAUAUAUUAGUUGCCAUAAGUUCCACCACAACAACUGCCACUCCAAUAGCACACACCCAACCCACACGCACACACCAUCACCAUCACCACAAGGAGCAACCACAAACACCACAACAGGCGAACACACACGUCACACAUUCGGCCAAAUCGUCGCGUAAACAUCACGGCCACAAUCGACAACAUCAUCGACAACGUGGCGGACAACAGCACAAUCGUCGUCACCACACCAACACAUCUGGCGGACGUUCUGGUGAAUCGGCCGCACCCCGCACCUUGCGCCUCGACACAGGUCGUGCCGCUGCCGAUUUGCGGCCUUCAAACGCAUACGGCAACAAUAUCGAUUUAAAUCGGCUCGAUGAGUUGGAUUUGUCUGCAAGCUCAAACUUUGAACAGUCUUUAAAUUUGCCACGCGGCCAAAACCGCGAUACAGCGGCGUCUUUUGAAACAGAGGCGCUCGAUUACGACACACGCCGCAACUACGGCAAAUCAACAGCAACCAUUAGCACGACAACGCGUGACAGUAAUAUUCAUAUCGUCAAGCCCGAGAAGAUGCCGGAGAUUAUACCAUCCACACCAUUAACAAGCAAUUCGAAAAUUAUCGAAAUCAAAACGAAAAGUGGCAGCGGAGGAAUUGUCGUGAAGCGUAUCAAACGCAUGGCAGACGAGGAGAUGCAGGUGGAAAUCGAGCCGGAAUAUCUGGUGGGCGAAUUGUCUGGUAAUGAUUCAAGCGAGUACAUGACUGCACCCUCAUCAGUGGCAGGUUCCGCUACAUCCUCCAUAUCUUCUAAGUCAUCUCCCAGCAGCAGCAUUACAACCGCACAACAGCCACCACAAACGACUUUGGUUCGCCUUGACGGUUUCGCCGGCAUGCUACAAAUCUUUUUCGGCAUUGAGAAGCCCAUCGAUAUGUCAGUGUUCGACCACCCGCCAAGCGCUGAGUUUGUAAAUCUCGUCUUUGCGCUACUCGUCUGGUGUGUACGCUAUCCAGCUGUCUUUUGGACGACAACCAAAUCAUUUGCCACCAUCUUUAGCAUACAAAUGAUUGCUGUCGCUUUAGAUAUCACAUUCAGCUACAUUGGUGCGGCCAACCUUUAUAAAUUACAGGUGUACAGCGAGGCUAUGCCCAUCCAAAACUCCGGCCUCAUUUUGAACGGUGUAGUAACGUUAUCGCUGUUUCUACUCUCGUCAGUGCUGAUGAUUGCCUCGUCGAUGAUUAUGUAUUUGUAUGGGCACGGCAGGUUGGCGGCGAAAAUGCGUGAUCGCUCAUUAAUCACAAUGAAAUCGAGUGAGACGUGGAUUUAUUUUGCGCACUGUGCGUCGCUCUGCUACGUAUUGGCAUUAGCUGUGGUGAAGGCGCCACUUUUGAAUGACCUCAGUGUCACGUAUAGGAAUAAUUUACACUGCCCGACAUUUUUUUCAGCUCUUAUCAGCGUCGUACAUCUCUUACUGUGGAUUGUCAUUUGGCUGGGCUUAACAGCCAAACGUCGUUGGACUUUCAAGUUGCCACCAAUUGAUGCUUAUGGCAUUACUAAAGCCACUACACAACCUCUAUUAAUGGCGAAUCGUGGCAGCUUGCCCAGCGCGGGCAGCGUUAGCGGCAGCGGCAGUAAUAUUGGCAGUUCGGAGCAGAAGAGCUCAUCUAUGAUGAGUAGCGGUGGUGGCCGUGGUGGCAAAUUGAGCACUGAAUCCAGCACCGAUGGCGGCGCUGAUGAUGUGUAUUGGCCAAAAUUGACACCGAGUUCACCGAAAUUGAAGGUUACCUUCAAUGAAGUACCGAGUACGUCUGAUGAUGUCCUACUAAUUGGUGACCAUGAACAAAACGAUGGCAAGCGCCAUUCGCCCCGUGGAACCGCGAUAUGUUUUGCCAGUGUUGCGGGGGAAAUUGACGACGGAGAAUAUGCGACACUAAGAACUGCCAGCGCUGCCACCAUGGCAGGCCUCACCGUUACCAGUAUGAGCAGUAGCAGCAGCAGCCACAGCAGACCAGCAGGAAAAAGCAACAUCGACCCCGUCAUGACGAUCGGCUGUGGCAAUGAGACACAUAUCGGCAGCCACACCAACAACCUCCAUAACUCCACUCCCACCGGUGCGCAUGGCAUGAAGCUUUUACAACUAAGCGAAUACGAUGAACUGCCACCGCCACCGCCACAGUUAAUACCAACUGGUGGUGGCAAUCCGUCAACUACCGUUCGUGCAGAUUAUAAUAACUACGGUGGCAGUGGCGGUGGCGGCAGCACUGACUGUGGCAGCGGAAGCGUAGGUGUCUACAACAACACAACGGGCACUGGUAGCUUCGGUGAUGACAGCACCUCGGAGGAGGGCAAACUGUUGGCUUGUGUGCGUGAUGAUAGCGUGACAUAUGCAUCGACACGCGAUUUGGAGCCGCCAAGGGCAGCAACACCGCCACCACCACCCCCACCAAUGCUUGCCACAGACCAGCAACAGUCCGUCGGCACCGGCGGUGUUCAUAUCAACAGCACUGCUGCUAAUGGUUUAACGGAGAUGGGUAUGCGUGGUGAUGGUGGUAGUGAUGUCACAACUACAUCAAUUGCAGGUCGAGCUCCCCAAGCUAUACCGGAGAAUAUGCAAUUGUCUUCGUCGCCGGAGCAUCUAGUCAGCCCAUUGGCACCGGUGACGGUCACCGUGCACACCAACGAGGCACAUAUCGCGUCUAGCUCAACACCGCGUUGCUUGCGUCGUGCCGAUUCGGGUGUGCCGAACGAAGCGCUUACACCGCGCAGCGACACCACCUCUACCACAGAGAGCACCACAUCACCACCCGAACGAGCACCAUCCGAAUCGUCAAGUGGCGUGCAUUCAGGUGAGGAACGUGACGUCGAAGUAGUCAUACGACCACGUUCCGCCAGUAAGCCGCCACCAAAGCCCCCGCAACCGCCCAUACAGGAAGAACCUUACGGACGCUGCACCAACAUGCGCAUGUCCAGCUUUGGUGGCGAUGCUAGCGGCGCCGCUAUUCGUGCACUCAACAGCGCCACCCUGCCACUGACACGUUCAGCGCCCGAACAGAAAUUCGAUUAUGCCAAUCAUUGCAGCACUAUGCCUUUACCGGCAGCCUGUCAUAGUCAACAGCAAGCGACGCAGACUGCACGCGGCAGCGGCAAUUACGGCAUGACCACAUCGGCAUAUUCUAUGCAUUCACAACCACCACUGCCGCUGCCGCCACCACCGUCGCAGCACAGCAGUCUAAGCAGUUUUCGCUCGCAAUAUGCCAACUCAGCGGUCGCGAUGGCCGGUAUGAAUGCUUCGCAUCUGCAACAACAACAGCAUGAACAACAGCAACAGUACUCACAGCCGCAAUCAAUAUCACCACCGCCACCACCACCGCCCGUCGGCAUGCACACCACACUGCCGAACGGCGUGCGUUACUCGAAUCCGCAUUUCCUGCGCCGUCUGCCGCAUGUCACCAAAGCGGCUGAAUCGCCAUAUGGACAUUUGGGACUGGGCGCCGGUCAUCACACCUUCUCCAAACUACUACAAGAUCCACUGCAACAUAGUCUAGUCAACACAGCCAUACCCGAAGAUCGUGACUCGGCCAACUACUCCAUGUCUUCGGAACACGAUUGUGGUAAUUUGUAUGCGACGGCGGAGUCGUACAACUAAAGUAAUGUUGCGCAAACGAUGUUUAUCCAGAGGGGGAAACGUCAUUGCAGCUGCAGCUCGACUGGAUAUACUAUAUACAUACUCCUAUAAUGGAAUUUUGAAUUUUUUGGCAGUACUAAAUAUAUUUUGGUAUCAAGAGAAGGGCGUAAAGAAAAUUAUAUCAUAAAUUGUGACUGAAAAGUGAAAGCUAAGCGCAAGCAAAUCGGUAAAUGAAAUGAAAAAGAAUUUUGGAAAAACAACUAUUUUGUCGGGAUCUCUAUGUUAGAAGUUAAUAAUUAUUAUUUUUUUAAUACCUCAACCGUUUAGAGAGAGUUUUAAAAAUUAUAGAACCAUAAAACGCACGUCAGUAACUUUCCCAAACCAUGUACAUUGACAAAUCGAACAAACAAUUGGUAUAAAUAUACAGAUUGACAUAAUAAUUUGGAAUUUAUAACUUUAUUCCUACUUGCCCAUUUUAAUAGAAUAGCUCAAACAUAACACAUGGCAAAGUGACAAACCGAAGACGCUUGGUAAAUAAUAUAAUUUUUAAUGAAACAAUUUUAAAUAAUUUGUUUAUUGAAAUUUCUAUGAAAAUUUCAAAUUCAAAUCAUAAUUUUCAAAUAAUCAAGCGAUUUGAAAAUAAACUCUAGGUAAUUAUUGAAAAAUGCAUCCCAAGUCUGGUAAGGAAAAGGCAAUUUUUUUAAUUUUUUAUAUUUUCAAUUAAUUUUUGGUACUCAUUUCAUAGGAUCCAUACAAAAGAUUCAUUGCAAAAGGUCAUCAACUGAUACAUAUGAAACUCAAAGUCACACAAAUUAUACAAAAAAUAAAUAAGUAAAAUGAUUAAUAAUAUUUAAAUAAUAUAAAAUAGCUAUAUACAAAUAUAUGAAAAUAAUUACGCCAUGUGGUGGCACUCGCAUUUCUCCCCGCCUAUUGUAUAAACUAUUCAUAAUGAAUAAAAAUAAGAUUCGACUAUUUUUUAGCAAUGCGCAUUUUAAGUUUAUAUUAAACUAAAUUAAAAAAUAAAAUACAAUAAUAAAGUAAAUAAAUAAAGUAUUAAGGAGAAUAAAGCUAAAUUUAAGGUACGCUAAGUUGACAGACGAUAACUAUUGUAAAAGCAGCAACAAAGUCUAACAUUUGUAUAAGUUGAAGCUAAAUCAAAGAACGUAUAAUAAUUUAUUAAAUUAAAUUAAUUAUUAUUAAAUUAUUAUACGUUCUUUGGCUAGAUAUCGCUUACAUACAUACAUACAUAUGCAUGUAUUUUAUAUGUGUGUGUGAAAUUGAAAAAAAUUUACACUAUUCAACAAGAACGUAAAUCAUUUACGUUCUUUGUCGUAACCCUCGUCCACAUCUCAUUUCUUAGCAUGCUUUUAGGCGUCGCAGUAUGCUCCCAACACACACACACACACACACUCAUAUAUACAUCCAUACAAGCAUUGUUGUUGGCUACUUAUUGUAUACUACUUCCAUAAAACAAUAUUAUAUAUUUACAAAAACAUAUACAUUUAAGCUUAUAUAAAUAAAUAAAUAAAAGGCGAAUAAAUAUGUAUAACAAAAAAUAAAAUAAAUAAAUUACCAAAAUAAAAUAAUUGACAGCAACAUCAAUAUAUACAUACAUAUAUAUAUAUAUAUUUAUGAGUCUUUAUGUACGCAUGUUACAUACAUAAUUUCAAACAUAUACAAGUGCAUACAUACAUACAUAUAUAAAUGGCUGCUUUUAAAUGUUAAUACGCAUAGUAAAUAAUACUAAUCGCAACACUACUAAAUUAAUGCUAAUUAGUGUUAACAGUUCAAUGACUCGCAUUUUUUUGUUUUCAAUUUUAUAAUUAGUUAUUUUCUGUAUAAAUGUGCAGAUGAAUACAUAUAUACAUUAGAAGUUAAGCACAAAAAACUGAAACUGAAACCCAUAAAUAAACUGCGAAUGAGUGGAUAAAUAUAUUUAUAUAUACAAACAAACAUAUAUUUUGGUGUGUUAUGUUGAUUAUAGCUUUCGUACAUAUGUAUUUUGUUAACAUUGCAUACAUAUAUAAGUAGUAAGCUUUUUUAAACGUCAUUAGAUUGAUUAAGCUAAUUAUAAUUACAUCCAAUAUACAUAUGCACAUAGAUGUAUGUAUGUGUAUGAAUUUAUAUGUAAAACGUACUACAAUAAUAUAAAUAUGACAAUUUAAUUAUGUAAAUGCAGAAAUGCUAUCAGCAAAAAUAUCAUAUUGUAUAAGUAUAUUAAACUAAUCAAACACAAAAUUGGCAUUAAACAUUUUGAUAUAAAAUAAAAAAAAAAACAUUUUUAAUUUAAUUUUUUUUUUAACAAAAAGAAAAUAAAUUUUUAUUCAUGAAAAUAAAUUGCAAUUUUUUAUUGAACAUUAUACCAAGUGUAAAUGAAAUGUACUGCAUUUUCAAUACAUAUUACUGAGCCGUUACUGUUGGCGCUAAAAUGGAUCUAAUUGCAGCCGUAGCAAAUCGAUUGGCCUACAAGUGAAAAUACACAUAGCUUUUCUGUACUGAAG